AUGUCUGCGAGAGAAAAGGGGAUCCUGACCAAAGACAGUGUCAGCCUGCUGCCCUGUUUCUAUUUUGUAGAGCUGCCGAUCCUGGUAUCAUCUGUGGUCAGCCUGUACUUCCUGGAGUGGACGGAUGUGUUUAAGCCGGUGAAGUCUGGUUUUAACUGCCAUGACCGGAGCCUGAGUCUGCCCUACAUCGACCCCAACCAUGAGGUCAUUCCACUGCUGAUGCUGCUCAGCCUGGCCUUCGCUGGACCUGCCAUCACGAUAAUGAUCGGAGAAGCCAUCCUGUUCUGCUGUCUGUCUCGGAGGAAGAGUGGAGUCGGAGCCGAGGCCAACAUCAACGCUGCCGGCUGCAACUUCAACUCCUUCAUACGCAGAGCUGUCCGCUUUGUUGGUGUUCAUGCAUUUGGUCUUUGUGCCACGGCUCUCAUCACUGACAUCCUUCAACUGAUGACAGGCUACCCAACACCCUACUUCCUCACCGUGUGUAAACCCAACUACACCACGCUCAACGUCAGCUGUGAGCAGAACCCUUAUGUCAUGGAGGACAUCUGCUCAGGGGCGGACCCAGUAGCCAUCAACCAGGGCAGAAAAUCCUUCCCGUCACAGCACGCUACCCUAGCAUCAUUCGCUGCUGUCUAUGUUUCAAUGUACUUCAACAGCACUCUGACCGACUCAUCCAAACUGCUCAAGCCCCUGCUGGUCUUCUCUUUCAUCAUAUGUGCCAUUAUUUGUGGUCUGACCAGGAUUAUUCAGUACAAGAACCACGCCAUUGACGUCUACCUGGGCUUCCUUCUUGGAGGAGCUAUCGCUGUCUACUUGGGGCUGUAUGCAGUCGGAAACUUCCAGCCUAGUGAGGAGGCCAGCACCAUCCCCCCUCCCCAGCUUCAUCGGCCCCCCUGUUCCUUACCCCACAUCAGCCAGGAGGCCGUCCUCCACCACCUGCAAAUGAAAGCCAGCAUGGCUGGGGAGACAGGCAUCCCUACCUCCCACUCUGAGGGUCUUCUCCAUCGAGCCCUACAGCAGCAGAGGCCUGAUGACAGCCUGAAGCGCUCCAGUGCAGAUGCUGAAGGGAUCCCCCCGCACAGCCCCCAGAGCAAAGAUGCCAUGGUAACCUUUAGCCACACCCUUCCUCGAGUCCAUACCCCCCAGGCAAUGGCAGCAUAUGAGGAAGCAGCCAGACGUCAUGCUGCCACCCUCCACCAUGCCUCCAUGGACUCCAGCCGCUCAAAGCAGCUUUUGUCUCAAUGGAAAAGUAAAAAUAAUAACCACAAAUGCUCCUUGCAGGUCCCAGACUCCUUCUCCUCCUCUGUAGAUUCAUCAUCUGGUCAGUCCUCCCAGCAUCCGCACCACCAUGGCAGUAUGGAGCUCCGAUCCAGCUCUGAGCCAUCGGCUAUGGGUCUGAACGGAGGCUUUGAUGCUCAUGCAUACAUGUCCAAACUGGCCACAGGUGCAAGUACCACCCUUCCCAGUAACUGCAGUGGCAUUACUGGAGGGGCCAGGAUAUCCAUGCAGUCUAGACCUGGGUCCUCACAACUGGUCCACAUACCAGAGGAAGCUCACGAGAAUUACAACACCAUCUCCCCACAAAUGGUGGGUGGAGGAGGAUGUGAGGGGAUGUCAACAGUAAAUAGCACAGCUCAGGCUAACUGGCAAAGGGCAGCAGAGAAGACAGCAGCCUGCAGGACUAAUGAUAACGGACAUAACACCCAGCCACGAAUUAUGCAAGUGAUUGCUAUGUCAAAGCAGCAGGGCUUACUACAGACCCAUUCCAAGAGUUUAGAUGAGAGCAGUAUAGGCUGCAGCAUCACCGGAAGUUGCCAGGGCUCAGGUCGCUACAGGGGUCUAACUGACCAAGACCCUAACACAAUUGUCAGAAUAGAGGCUCACCCAGAGAACAACAGGCCAGUGAUCCAAGCUCCAGCCACAGAUGGGAGUGGAUCAUGGAGGUGGCGAUCCCUGGAUCAUGGCACUGGAGCUGGUGGAGGUGCAGGGAGUGCAGGAGGAGGAGGAGGUGGGAGUUUGCGGCAGUCCUUUGAGCUCAAUGAUCUGAACAGAGACUCAGAAAGUUCAGACUCAUUACGUGAAGGUUCCAUUGAUAGGAAGCGUGCCAAUCAUAUUUCAGAGCAGAGGCUCCACCCCCAAGGCCUGUCUACCAUAAGGGUCACCCCAGGGGAUGGUGGUGAGACCGCUUCAGAAACCUCGGUCACCUCCAGUCGUGAGUCUACGCUGCGGAGAAAAGGCAAUAAUAUCAUUCUGAUUCCUGAGAGAGCCAACAGUCCAGAUAACGCCCGGAACAUUUUCUACAAGGGAACGUCGAUAACUCCUGUUUUCAAAGAGUAA